UUCACAUGACGUCAGGACAUCGACGACACACGCGGCGGCGGUCUUUUCUCUGAUUCCUCCGUGUGCUACUACGCCGAACGGUGUAAUAUUUUCAUAUAUAUCCACGUUUUUGUUGGAAAGUUUCAGAGAGUACAAUGGCCGCAACACAAGCACCGAGAGCGAAACGGCUCCUAAAGGAGGAAGAUAUGACCAAAGUGGAGUUUGAGACGAGCGAAGAGGUCGAUGUGACUCCAACUUUCGACACCAUGGGCCUUCGAGAGGACCUGCUCCGUGGGAUCUACGCCUACGGGUUCGAGAAGCCGUCAGCUAUCCAGCAGAGAGCCAUCAAGCAGAUCAUCAAGGGCAGAGACGUCAUCGCGCAGUCCCAGUCUGGUACGGGUAAAACCGCCACCUUCUGCGUGUCUGUGCUGCAGUGCCUGGACAUCCAGGUUCGGGAGACCCAGGCACUGAUCAUGGGCCCAACCAGAGAGUUGGCUGGACAGAUCCAAAAGGUCUUGCUAGCGCUGGGUGACUAUAUGAAUGUGCAGUGCCACGCCUGCAUUGGAGGGACCAACGUGGGAGAGGACAUCAGGAAGCUCGACUACGGGCAACACGUCGUGGCAGGAACACCCGGACGCGUCUUUGACAUGAUCAGGAGGAGGAGUUUGAGGACGAGAGCCAUCAAGAUGCUGGUGUUGGACGAAGCUGACGAGAUGCUCAACAAAGGUUUUAAGGAGCAGAUCUACGAUGUGUACCGGUACCUGCCCCCGGCUACACAGGUGGUCCUGAUCAGCGCCACUCUGCCCCACGAAAUCCUGGAGAUGACCAACAAGUUCAUGACGGACCCCAUACGCAUCCUGGUCAAACGUGAUGAGUUGACGCUAGAGGGAAUUAAGCAGUUCUUCGUUGCGGUGGAGCGAGAGGAGUGGAAGUUCGACACCUUGUGUGACCUCUACGACACGCUCACCAUCACACAAGCAGUCAUCUUCUGCAACACCAAGAGAAAGGUGGACUGGCUGACUGAGAAGAUGCGCGAGGCCAACUUCACGGUGUCGUCCAUGCACGGAGACAUGCCCCAGAAGGAGAGAGAGUCCAUCAUGAAGGAGUUCCGCUCCGGAGCCAGUCGUGUGCUUAUCUCAACGGACGUGUGGGCUCGUGGUCUGGACGUGCCACAGGUUUCCCUCAUCAUCAACUACGACCUGCCCAACAACAGAGAGUUGUACAUUCACAGGAUUGGUCGAUCGGGUCGCUACGGCCGCAAGGGUGUGGCCAUCAACUUUGUGAAGAACGACGACAUCCGCAUCCUCAGAGACAUCGAGCAGUACUACUCAACGCAGAUAGACGAAAUGCCCAUGAACGUGGCGGACCUCAUCUAGAGCAGAAGACGUUGCCAGCUCUUUCUUCAUCCUCGUGAGGGAGUUGGACCCAUCUCAAUUCCUACCCUACCACCUCUUUCCCAAUUCUUACCCUAACUCCUUGCUCCCGUCACCCUAUUGAGAGCAUAGGACCCCUUCCCAAUAUCUCCUCUACUGCCUAUCACCGCUGUCCUAAUACCCUCUCCUCAAUGUCGCCAGCUCUCCCUUUACACUCAUGAAGUGGGGAGGGGGCUCCCCUGGUUCCAGUUCCUUCCCUAUUUAGCCUAUUUAGGAGGGUUGUACCCCUCCCAAUUUCUACCCUAGGUCCUACCACCUUUGUCCUAUCCUUGUGGGGCAGCGUUGGUCUCCUUCCCGAUUCCUACGCUUGGUCCCUUACCCUACCCUACCCUACCUUACCUGACCCUAACUUUCCCGUCCUGUCCUUCCUCCUUCUACAUUGUACCGAUUCCCACCCUCAUUCCCACCACCACUUCCCGAAUAUAAUUUUAUUCUCUUCGGAGUUUGUGUUUUUAUUUUGCUGGUUGCUUCGAUUGUUUUUAGUCAUUUUCUCAUCUUUUCUCCAUCUUUAAAAAAUACCAAUGAUUGAUUUGGUUGGGUUGUUGACAUGACUUUGUUUUGUAGGGAAACUAACUGAUGGAGAUGUAUCACUUGUGUUUUUGUAAAUAAAGAACUUUUUGUCACCCAUA